CGCACAAAAAAAAAAAAAAGUGGUCUAGAGCAAUAGAUAGGGUUUUAGCUACCAUUACGCCUUUAAAAUAUCUGUAGAUUUGUCCUUCUCAACUGAUCUACUCAUUGAAAUUCUUCACAAAAGGUUUCUAAUCUCCUGCCUCCUCUCCUCCAUGCUUUUCCCUAGAAUUUGCAGAGAAAAUGGCAAAUAUAUGUGCUUUUGUUUGUGUAUUGAUUGUAGCUGUUGAUAUAGCUGCUGGUGUUCUAAGCAUUGAGGCUGAAAUCGCUAAAGAUGAGGUAACACACAAGAGAUUGAAAGAUUUUAAGUGUGAGGAGCCAAAUGAUCGCGCUUUUAAAUUAGGGUUGGCUGCAUCAACUCUACUAGGCUUGUCACAUAUUAUUGAAAAUUUGGUAGGAGGUUGUAUGUGCCUUUGCUUCACAGAAGAGCUUGAAAGAUCAUCCUCUAGUCGCCAAUUAUGGUUCGCAUGUAUCAUUGUUUCUUGGAUUGUAGUGGCUAUUGGGUUUCCAUUAUUGGUGAUGGGAAUGCUAGAGAAUUCAAAAUUAAAAGGGUCAUGCAGGAUUUUGCACCAUCAUUUUCUGUUCAUAGGAGGGAUAACCUGCUUUGUACAUGGCUUGUUAAGUGCUGCAUUUUAUGUCUCUGCAAGUGUGAGCUUUUUAAAUGGAAGAAUUCAAGGCUCUCAAGAGAGACAACAACCUUAGAAUCUCCCCAAACAAAUGUACCUGUUUUUUUUUUUUUCUCUAUCAGAAUUUAGAUUGAAUUUUUGAAAUUUGAUCAAAUGCAUCAAAUUAUGUGUUGAAUUCUCUUCUGACACAGUACAGGCGACCCCCAUACAGGAAAGGAUAGACAAGAAGACAAACACUUUAGCAAAAGCAAGGACUGUGAAAACUUUUCUUGGCACUUUGUUGUGAGUUAUUGGAAAGCACAUGAAUAUGGAGUAUAAUACUAAUUUACGCGAUAAAAAGUAACUUUAUUC